UGGCACCUCACAAAUGAUAGCCUCUGAUCAUCGCUAGCCCUAAAUCAUUGAAACAUCACUCAUACCUAAAUGGACCCUCAUUUUGGUUUGCCAUUAUCUCAAUUCAGUACUCCUCCAGCGUUUGCGAGCGCGCCGUUGGUUCUGCCCAUUGACCAGAGAACACAUGAAGGCCGUUACGUGUGGGGCUCUUUGGCCAGUUCGCCGUCACGUCAUUUGGUGAGCGGACACAUCGAUGGAUCUCCAGUGCUAUCGUCGGCCGCUUCCGUAUACCACCGGUUGUCCCCUUACGAUGGACUCUACGCCUCACCGUUUCAUACGAGUCCAUCUGCCCUAUCAAUGCGUGGUCUGAGUCCGGAUUUAGGUGCGCCGACAGCCCUGCACAAUGACUACCUCCAACAGGUCAGUCUACUCAACCAACGUAUGGCCGCGUCGAUGGCCGCCCUCUCUGGUCAGAGUCAGGACCUCAAUGUCCAUCACCUGCACAAUGAGGCCACUCUGGCGGCGGCCGCGGCUGCCUAUGGGGCCUCCAUCUCAUCCAUGGACGGGCCCUUCAGAGCGCCCACAUCUGCCAGCAAUGCCCUGACGUCCGGCCGCAAGAGAGCCCUCUCCGCCUCUCCCUAUUCCGACUCAUUCGACAUCAACUCAAUGAUCCGAUUUUCGCCCAACUCUUUGGUCUCAUUCAUGAAUGGCUCCCGUUCCUCGAGUGCCAGUGGCUCCUAUGGACACCUUUCCGUCAGCGCCGGUACUCUGAGUCCAUCGCUAGGAAUGCAACCGAACGGCUGUGCAGUCCUUCCCUCGCAUUUGCAUCACUUGAUGCGCUCACCAAUACUCCUACCUCAGGGCCCCUCAUCCCUGGCCGCCCACAACGCGGCCAGUCUGUCGGGCUCGGCGUUCACGCCACAUCACCCGCACCUCAUUCACAGUCAACUGUCGGCGGUGUCGCACAAGUUGUCGCACAUGGAUGCGCCCCAUUCGGGACGGGAGACGGCCUCCAACGUGGUGUCGUCCACUGUCGGCGAUCACGACGUGAGGGCCGGACUCGUGAAUCGGACGAAAAUCAAACGCGAGGACAACCCGGAGGACAACGCCGACGAUCACACAGAACCGGGAGAUUUCAUCGAAACCAACUGUCACUGGAAAGAGUGUAGUCAGGAGUUCUCCACUCAGGAAGAAUUGGUCAAACAUAUCAACAACGAUCACAUCCACGGAAACAAAAAGAGUUUCGUCUGCCGUUGGAAGGAGUGCUCGCGUGAGGAGAAGCCAUUCAAAGCCCAAUAUAUGUUAGUCGUCCACAUGAGACGACACACCGGCGAAAAGCCGCACAAAUGCACGUUUGAAGGCUGUGCGAAAGCGUAUUCACGACUCGAGAACUUAAAAACUCAUUUGCGAUCGCAUACGGGAGAGAAGCCCUAUAUGUGUGAGUUUCCCGGCUGUUCGAAGGCCUUCUCCAACGCCAGCGAUCGGGCCAAACACCAGAAUAGGACCCACUCUAACGAGAAGCCAUACGUUUGCAAAGUUCCCGGUUGUGUCAAGAAGUACACGGAUCCCUCGUCGCUCAGGAAACACGUUAAGACAGUUCACGGGCCAGAGGUCUACGCGAAUAAGAAACAUAAGGGCGGACCCAAUAAUAACAACACCAGUAAUAGUAAUAACAAUAACAACACCAAUGGUAACAAUCCUUCGCCCAAAGAUAACAACAGUCCGAAAGACGGUUUAAGUGAUGUCUUCAAAAGUGAGAUCAUUAACAAUAGCCCUCCAAAUGGUUCGCCCGAUAAUGAGUCCAAAUCGCCUCCAAAUGUGGGCAGUUCUCCAGAGGGAUCUUCCGGAUCAGGUUCUGGUUCAGGAUCUGGAUCCCCGCCCAACUCAGCCAUCAAUCACCCUCUCUGUGACUUCGCAGGCGAUGGCUUCGACCAACCAAUUAGUGAUAACUCUGUCUCAACCACUUGUAUCGGAACAGCCGAUCAGGACUGGUCUGCGGCAGACGCUAUCACCGUCGAAGUGGACACCGGUCUCGACAGGACUGGUGUUUGCGGAGACGGUAUGCUUGGUAUUCAACAGCGAGUUAUUCCCCGACAAAGAAAUUCCAUAAAGAAUAACAUCAAAGCCAUAAAAAAUUCCAUAAAGAAUAACAUCAAAGCCAUAAAGUCUGGAAUAAAGUCGGCCACGAGUUGGAUACCAUUCUUCAGGAAUAGUUCACAGACUAAUAACAACAAGAAUUGCAACUAUUCUUCAGUCAACGGCAAUAAUUGCAAUAAUAAUAAACUAUUGGGCAAUAAUCAAUGCAAUCAAAUGUCGAGCAAAAAGAAGGGCAACAAAUCUAAACUCAUACGACAGGGCAGUACAUCCAGUAUUAACUCCAACUCCUUCUACAGCUCUGUCUUGGGUUCAGACAAUUCGCACACCUCUUCACAGCUGACGAACAGUUCUUCAUCAGCACCACAAGUGAUGCUGACAUCCAAUGGUGAACUCAUUCGCUGCACAUCUUAUGAUCCCAUAUCUAUCGGCGGUUCUUCGCGAAGAUCUUCAGACGCCAGCUGUUCAGACAUCGCCGGCAAUCGCAGGACGUCGUCGACAUCGUCUCAGGCGAAACACUUGACCCAAACCGACAAUUUGGUGAUUCAGCCGCAAUCCAUUGCUAUGACUACUGAACGCUAUUCCUCGUCGGUCUCAUCCAUCGGGUCGAGUGUCAGUACGCGACGCAAUCGGACAGCAGUUCCGCCGCCACCGAGUCUUAACGAAAACACUUCCACUUCUAAUCAUCCGAACGAAAGCGUGACUCUCGAUGAAUGCGAUUCCGAUCAACCGAUUGAGACCAUGAAUAAUAUGAUACUUCCCGACGAUAUGGUUCAAUAUCUGAAUGAAAAGUCGCACAAAUCGACAGAAUCCAUGACUCAGACCAAGACUCAAGAAGUUGUGCCAAACAAUACUAUUAAAAAUAACGCCGAUAUCCGAGCUGUGAUACCACUACCACUGCCUCCCAUUCAAGUCCAUUCGCCGCCAACUAAUUUCAAUACAUUACCCAAUAAUACUCGCAAUGAGUUCAGAGCGCCUUCUGUUCCCAUGUUAUCGCCGUCCACUCCCGCCUCCGUCCAGAUUAUGUCGCCGCAGACACCGAUGCAGACAUCGCCCUCAUCGGUGUCGAUGAUGUCACCGCCGAUGGUUAAACCACAGCUGUCUCCCAAUCACACCAACCCAUUGAACAGUCCUAUGAAACCAGUGCUCAAUAACUCUAAACCCGCAAACAUUGCAAACAACUCGACGAAUGCUAUUAUUGUAAAUAAUAAUAACUCUGUAAAUACCGUACAAACAGGUCUAAGACCUAAUAUCUGCAAUCAACCCUCUAUUAUGUCUCAAAAUACUUCACAGCAAACGGCGACCCCGUCUUAUAGUCGGGCCAUUCAGAUGCCAAACAAUGGGAACUUCAUUCAAACUCAGACACCUGUUAUGCCCCAAAACAACCCCUAUUGGAAUCAAACAUUUAAUAGUAGUCCUAAUAAUCAACAAAAUUUUAGUUGCAAUACAAAUGUUUAUAACAAUUACAAUCAAUUCCAACAAAUCAAUGCUUGGAAUCAGAGCUCAGCAAAUCAAAUAUUACCCCAAUACCAUCAGAUGUCUGCCCCUCAACCCCAACCCCUGCCACCACCGCAACCACAUUGGAAUCAAAUGCAAAGUCAGCAACAGUUCCAAACACAGCAACAGUGGAACAGCUAUCAGAACCAGCAGUAUAUCAACCAAAACCAAUAUCAACAGCAAUACAUAAACCAAUACUUAAGUGCACAACAGAUCCAAUGGCAACAAAAUCAGAUGAGAUUUAGACAGCAAUUCAAUCAAAACAAUACUAAUAUAUUGAAUAACGUGACCAAUAUUGCCAAUAACACCAUCAGCACCAUUGCACCCACUGCUCAACCCAUGACACCAAACCCAUGUCAACCACCACAAGAAUCACUGCCAACUCCACCCCAAUUACAGAGUCAGUCGACACCACAACAGUCCUCAGCUGUGAUGCAGAAGUGCCUUCAGAAUACCAAUACGUCCGCUAAUUAUAAUCAGUUGAGCGCAACGUCUGUCCAGAAGUGCCAAAAUCAAACCAAUCCUGAGAUACAAUGCGGUAGUAUUGAGAGUACCGGAGCCGCGGCUUUGGCCGCCGCUAACAGAAACAAUAUGAGACCCGAAGCAUAUCAGAGAACUCUUGAGUAUGUUUAUCAACAAACGGGUACAACUGAUCCCAAUAACGGACAACCCUUAAGCCCCGGCAAUGUUUUAUCCCCUGCCGGCUCUUGUAAAGUUGUUAGCUCUACCUGUCCUACACCUAAACCAGCUCUCAAUGGUGUCCAACAACCUCAACCUCAACCUCAACCCCAACCCCAACAGGUCCCGCAACAGCAAUGCCUACGCCCGGCAUCAGCCAUGUCUACAAUGUCUGCUAUGUCUUGCAGAUCGUCAUCAGUCCAAUUAUCCACAAAUAUGGUCAUCAAUGACAUGAACUCAACUCUCAAUUGUUUAGUAGAGGAAAGCCGUUUUCUCAAGAUGUCGACCAAUUAA